CGCUGCGUAAUAAUAAUGCACCUAUACAUACUUUUGGGCACGCAGUAUAGUUUUAUCUUUUCCAGAUUACACUUUUCCACUUCAUAUUUAUUGUUGUUGUUAACUAAGCUAACUAUUAACCUGAUCGUUUACAAUUUAUUUUUUAAGGCUAAUAAGCCAAUGUCGCCGCUAACCGCAAAAUGUGCGAAGCCGGUUAAAUGUGACGUUGGUAAAAGGCAAAGUUAUUAGAGACGCCAGACGUUGGUAUAAAAGGUAAUGUCUGCUGCACGUGCUGUGGUCGUGCGGUGUCCAUCUAGUACUCUAGUUCAUUUCUUGCAGACUGAAGAGGCUAGCCAGCAUAAGCAAUGAAGCAGUUAAGAAGUAUAUAUAUGAGUUAAUUUAUUGAUUUUUGCAAUCCCCUUUGUCAAGUUCAAAAUGAUUCCUAUUUUUUACUGGACCUGCUGUAUGACUGUACAGUUAUUACUUUUCGUGUUUCAAAUUACAUAAAAUUCAGCACGAAAAUCUCUGCUAUUUUAUAGGUUUUACUUUUACCAUACAACCUUCUUAUUUUAACCACAGAAACAACACACGUACACCGUUAAUCUGGCUUAAUUAUUACAUUGCUGGUAUAUGUAUGAUGUAUACCUGACCAAUCUUCAACGCAAAUUCAUAUUUUCUGAUGGGCUUUGAUGUGAGCUGACACAGCUGACGAAAAAAACAAACUUUAAAGUCAGUUUAUUGAGAAACAAAUACACACACCAUUGCACCAGUGAUAAACUAUCAAAGUAGUCAUGAGUGUUGUUGAUGUAAAAGAUGGCGCACCCCAAAGUUGGUUUUUUGAAGGAGUCGAAAAGUUAAUGGAGAUUUGGUUUUCAUCAUCUGCACCAGAUGGACCAAAGAAAGGAGCAAAUUUAAUUGAAAGGUGGAAAUGGGAAAAUAUUUUAACCCAUGUUCAUUGUAAGAUACUUGAUGAAAUGAAGCAUCAAGACCAGACCGCUUACAUUCUAAGUGAAUCAAGUCUAUUCGUGUCUCGUGAAAGAAUCAUCUUGAAAACUUGUGGAACGACGCUCUGCUUGCAAGCAUUGCCAUUCAUCAUCCAACUUGUGCAGGAUGAAUGUGGUUUUGAUACAGUUGCGGAUUUCUUUUACUCGAGGAAAAACUUCAUAAAGCCGGACAACCAACCUCACCCGUAUAAAACUUUUCAGGACGAAACAGUUUACUUGGAUACCAUACUUUCUGAAAGUGCAUCUUACUGUCUUGGGCGAAUGAACCGAGAUUGUUGGUACCUUUACACCUUAAACCACCCGGAGAAUACUUCGCUGAUUGGUGUCAAUCAACCAGACCAAACCUUGGAGAUCCUGAUGACUAAUCUAAGCGUAGAGAGCAUGCAAAAGUUCACACGCUGUGAUGAGAAAGGCAAUGUUAGAAACGCAGCUAAGUUUACUGAGGAUAUUGGAAUAUCUGAUAUUCUACCUGGAUCCAAAAUAAAUUCGAUUCUAUUUGACCCAUGUGGUUACUCUAUGAAUGGUCUGUUGGAUAAGAACCAAUAUUGGACGAUUCAUGUCACACUUGAACCGGAGUUCUCCUAUGUCAGUUUUGAGACGAACGUCAUCAUGAAAGAUUAUAAGGAACUUAUCGGGAAGGUUCUUAAUUUGUUUCAACCACAAGUCGUGUCCAUGACCUUAUUUGCUAACCAUUUUUCAUGCGUUGACACAACCAGCUGGGACGACUUCUCUCAUAUAAAAGUGCCCGGUUAUAAGAGGUUGGAUCGUCAAGUUGCGCAACUACAAGACUACAGUUUGUGGUACAGCCAGCUGAAGAAGGAAAUAAAAAAUAAUGGUGUUUAAUUUUAAUAUCGCGUAUUUUGUUGCCCUUUUUACAAGCAACGUUAAAAACUGUAGUUGUAAUAAUUCUGUUAAAGUUUUUUUUUUAUGUUCGCUUACACAUCUAACGUAGGAUGGGACACCUUUUCGUUGUAAAUUCUCCUCUCAUUUGAUAGUAAAAAGAACAUUUAGAGAAUUAAUAAGCUGUAUCCGCACGACUUACAUAGACCGUUGUUAAUUGUUUAAAACAUGAUUAGGAUAUUUGAAUAUUCGGUGCUAAAGGUGUUACAUCUUCCCCCACUGUACUACAUUCGGUUUUCCAAAAACAUGUUUCUGGUAAAUUCUGAUAAAAGCUUGUUUGUCUUUGAAAAUCUAUAAUUUAUGUCUUCGGAUAAAUAAAGCUGACAAUGAUGUGUAAUUUU